UCGAAGCCUGAAGCGGCUUGACGCGCUCCCGACGGCUCGAGCAGUCCGUGUACGGCGGUGAAUGAAUGUCUAUAGUUCCCCGCGCGGUCGCGGCGUCAAGCCGUCGGUCUCAACUGCUUGAAGCUGUCCGUGAAGCCUGGCACACCCACGAGUACAGGCGGCACCCUCGAGGUCUGAAAAGCGAUGUCCAUUAUCAGUCCAAACGUCACAUGCUUCCCCGCGAGAUUGAAGCACGGAAGCGGUUAAGUACUCAGACUCCGAAGGAAGGGAGGAAGAAGCCUUCAGGCCACCUCAAACCAUUGAACGAAGAUGACAUGGAAAACGAUGAAGUAAUAUCAGUAGCUGUGGGCCCUCCAGCGAUCCGACCCCAAUACGAGAAAACAAUAAAACACCCCAGAACAACCCCCUCACAGAUCAAUGCAGGAACGAACAUAGUUAAAGAUGUACUAACACAGCUAGGAAGAGAAUUCCUAACCCAUCAAGUUACAGAAGACUUCGUUUUCGGACAAUAUAUAGGUAACUCUAUGAAAAACCUAACCAGCGAUUUGAAGCUCAAAAUGCAACACGAGAUUUUGGAACUUAUUGUCAAAUACCAGAAGGCUCAGAAUGGCGAAACUGUACAAACAACAACUGUACAACCGGAAGAGAAUAUCACUAACAGCAUUUUGAAGGAAAUUAAAGAUAUUAGGGACAGGAGAAAUGAGACUGACGAAGGGUGGCCCGAUUUCAAUAAUUUGGCUAAGAUCGUUGGUUAAAUAAAUUGUAUGUUAAAUUU